AUGGGAAAUGCACCACUGGUAGAAUACAAUGUAGAAGGUAGAAAGGAACGGGCCUCAUUGGGCGCUGCAAGCUAUCUAUUCAACUUGAUAGGAAUUAUUGGAAACAUACUGGUUUUACAUGUGUUUCGUAAGCGCAUUAAUGUAUCGUCCAAUUACAGAAUUUUCGUCAUGUUUCUAUCAGUUGUCGACCUGUUUCCCUGCAUUGUACUUUUUGUUAAAGAAUAUCAUAGAAUGAGUCUUGUUUACAAUCAGAACCUAAACAAGAUACGGGGGAAAAGGAUUUCCAAAUUGGAGGAUAUGGUAGAAGAGUAUUUUCCAGAUAUCGUAGCAGUGAACGGAAUUCUGAAUCCGUUCGUUUACCUUUUUACUGAUAACGGAUUCAAACAAGAUCUAAUGAAAAUGUGUGGACGAAAGACAUGA